GUGGGAAAUAUUUUUUUUUAGUCUUGUGAUUGAAAAGUAGGCACGUCCGAAUGUAGGUAUGUAUUAGUUAUAAGGUAUAAUAUUUUACCUCUUAUAGUGCUGUGCUCGUGAUACUGUAACAGGAACCUUACAUGUUUUUGGUAAUUUUGUAGGUCCAAGUUAAUCGCACAAAUUUGUACAACCGAGGCGAUCGUCUGUUGCCCAGCCAGAUUGCGCAAUUCCCUAAGGGCGAGUUAGCCAUUUAUCAACUUGGUCGCUUCUCUUUGUUCUGAGGCCUCGUCUUCAUUAUUGUUGCAUUUGCUCUCGAGGGUUCAAGCUACCCAACUAUUACAAUACUCCUACAUACAUACAUAUACUAUCUUCGUAACCUUUAUACCUACUCCCCCACGCUCUGAGACUCUAAGAAAAUGACGGGGCAAAUGACUUCGACCGGCCGAGGCGGCGCUGGCAACAUCGCCGACGUCUCCAAAUCCCCUAAAAUCCAGCCGGCUGACCUCGAGACUCCGACUCUAAAAACAUCCGUCAUUACUACCGGUCGUGGUGGCUCCGGUAACAUGGCGCCGAAUAAGGAUCCCGUCGAGACGCGAGCACGCCAGGAUGUCGGACCUAUCGAGCGACGACCAAGCCAAGGCGCAACCCACGUCGGGCGCGGAGGAGCAGCCAACGUUGUGAGACUAAACAGCGAGGAGCAGCUCGAUGGCUCAGCUACUACCGGCGCGGAGGAUCACCACGGCGGCGGCAAGAGCCAUGCCAAUGGAGGAGCUAAUGGGCUGGCGGCUAAGGCUAAGGAGUUCUUCAAGAAGGUUUAGGCUGCCUUGAGAAGAAAGGGGAAGAAGAAAAGGGGAUCUCGAAAGGAAAACCCCCGAGAUACCUAGCAUUGUUAGAGACGAGCAAGUCGAUGGGAUCGGGUUACAGGCCGAGGGGUAGGCAUGUUCAAGUUGUGUGUGUGUGUGUGUGUGUGUGUGUGUGUG